GACACGAGAUACAUACAGCAGGAGAGAGGGAAGAAUAUGGAGACACGAAGAUCGAAUCAUCGAAUUAAUAAAUACGAACAGAAAAUUGUGCGAGGUGAUUGCAUCGACGAGAACCGGAGAAAUUCUGGGGAGGAAAAGCAACAGCGCACGCCACCGUCUUCGUCGUCGUCUUCUCCAGAAAGUUAGGGCCAGAGGCGUAGAUAGAGAGAGAAGGGGAGAGACAGAAACAGAAGCUAUGAUGGAUGUUACGCAACCUUCUCCGUGCUGAAUAUCUUCGACGAUGUAUAUGUGUAAAUCUCGAUUCGUCUCCCAUCUCUCCUCUUAAUGUUUUCUUCCGCCUCUUCGUCUUCAUUAUCAGUGCUGAAGCGAAUAGGAUUCACGGCAUUGUUUAAUCAUCGGUUUUUAUAUUUUUGAGGUUUUGAUUCAAGUUACUGAGCUGAUUUGAUCAUCGUGUUUUUAAACUGAUAAUUUGAUUUGAGAGUGUUCUUAAAUCUGAUUGAGACUCGAUUGUGUGAUGUGGUAAAUCCAUGUCGACGUUUACAGCAAUAGCUUUGGAUAGCCUGUUAGAACCUGGGCAUUCGAAGUCCAUGGUGACAGCUCGAAAUGUUCCUGACCCAAGGAUAGAUAAGAGAAGCAGUGCUCCAAAUUCAAGGUACAAUGAUUGGAGACGAAGUGCUUCUAGUUCUAAGCUGGAUAGCGAAAGUAGUGCUCCCACUAUAAGGCUUGACCGGAGGAACAGUAACCCAGCAAUACCAAUAGAUAGACAGCACCACCGGACUGGCAUAUCUCCUGCACUCUAUGCUACUCCACAGUCAACUCCACUUCCAGAUUCUCAUUCUUCAUACCCUCCAUCACCUUACAUCAUUAAUCACAAGCGUCGUGGCCCACGGCUUCUGAAAUGUAUGUCCCAUGAUGAUGUUGCCAUUCACCAAUGUGCUACCGAUGGAAAAGAAGUUGAGACUGCCAUAGAUGCAGAAAAGCAUGCUGUAACUGCACAUGAGGAUGAUGGUUUGAUUCCUAAAGAAGACAAUUCUGUGAAGGAUUAUAAUCUCUCAGUCACUGCUGAUAAGCCUGGUAAAGAGGAUCCUAUGAGUGACGCAAGUGCUGAAGAGAACAGUGUUCUCAAUUUGGAUUGUAGCUCAGCUGCAGAAAACGGUAUACGGACUUCUAUGGCUUUUGAUUUACAGCGAAAUACUGAGGAUGGCAAUUUCUUUGAUCCCCAAGAUUCAAUGAGCAUCAAAAGUAAUGCUGACUCUAAGAAUAAUGGUGGACUACAACAUUCUUUUAGUUCUAGCAUACAUAUUGCAGAGUUCUAUGAUGCCUGUGAAGAAAUUACCUCUGACAAUGAACUGCAACCAGUUACUCGUGAUUUUGAGGCUGAGUUAAGUGAAAUAAAACUGAGCUUAUUGGAGGAGAUAGAAAAGCAAAAACAGGCAGAGGAAGCUCUUAAUCUCAUGCGAAUGCAGUGGCAGAGGAUUCGUGAACAACUACUUCCUAUAGGAUUGACUCUCCCUGCUGCUCCUGUCACUGUAGAAGAGGAUCGACACCUUGAUGAUGCUGUAAAAAAUAUGAUCGAACAACUAUAUGUUGUUCGGUUUGUGUCAAAUUCCAUUGGGAGGGGAAUGGCAAAAGCUGAGGCUGAAGAAGAGAUGGAGGGUCAAAUUGAGCUUAAGAACUUUGAGAUCGCUCGAUUGUGGGACAAAUUGCACUAUUAUGAAGCAGUGAAUCGGGAGAUGUCCCAGAGGAAUCAGGAAGCUGUAGACACAGCACGGCGUCUUAGGCAAAGAAGGAAGAGAAUGGUAAGGUGGAUAUGGGGUUCAGUUGCUGCUUCCCUAACAAUUGGGUCAGCUGUCCUGGCAUGGUCUUAUAUUUCAGCAGGGAGAGGAUCAUCCUACUCAGGUCAAUCUGAGACUUCUGAUAGUGGCUCUGUUAAACAGAGCAAUUAGCCUCAACUCAGUAAUAGGUUACAGCAUUGAACUCACAUAGUAAAAAAUAAAAGUAAAAUAAUACAGGAGGUCAAAUCUACUGCUUUGUGAAUACUUAAUCCUUUUCCUUUCUCACAUAUCUUUUACAGGAUGUAUAGCUCCUAAGCAAUAAAAAUUUAGGAUUCAAAGUUGGACUUGUAUAGCCACAUGGCAUGGUUCAUAUAUUAACUUGCCAAAAGAAAAUGGUUGAUAUGUUC